AUGGCCACAACCGCCACUAAUAACACUGAUGAAAAUUAUGAUGUGUUCCUUAGCUUUGGUGGCGACACUCGCUACAAUUUUUCUAGUCACCUUCUUGGGGCAAUCAAAAGGCAACAUGUUAAUGCCUACGUUGAUUUCAAUCUGGAAAGAGGCAGUGAGAUCUCAUCGGCACUUGUUUCCGCAAUCCGAAAAGCCCCGGUUGCGGUUGUCAUUCUAACGGACCACACAGCUUCGUCCAAGUGGUGCUUGGACGAAGCUACGGAGAUAAUGGAAUGCAAGAGGACAAGAAAUCAGAUUGUGCUUCCAAUAUUUUAUCAUCUGGACCCCUCUGAUGUUAGGAAUCAAAGUGGAUGUUAUGGUGUGGCUUUUGAAGAGCAUAUGAAAAAGAAGGACUGCAUUGAAAAAGUUCCAACAUGGAGGGAGGCCUUGAAACAAAUGGCCAACCUGUCAGGCUGGCACUGCCUCGCUAACAUGAAUGAAUAUGAACUGGUUGAGAAUAUUGCUGAAGAUGUGAGAAAGAUAGUCCACAGUAACUGUUUGAAUGUAAACAGAGCAAAAGACGAAUUUGAAAGACAAAAGGACAUGCUUCGACAGCUCUACAAGAAAAAUCAAAUAACUUCGGAUCAAACUUUACAUGUAUGGGAGAUGGCAAAAAUUGCCAACUUGACCAAGGACAUUGGAAAGGCUUCAAAGCUGAGUGAAGAGAUCAAGAAGGUCAUUGAAGAGGGAAAAACUAGUAGGAAAGUGAUAGUAAAUUGA